AUGGGCUCCAUUUCUGGCGAUAUGGAAGCGCAUAUGGACUAUGCUUUUACUGUCUACCGUGGCACUUUCAUUCAAUCAAUUCUUCCAGACUCGGGCUCCAAGCCUGAGUUGUGUUGCAACCGAGGCGCAUUGUGGGUCUCUGCUGCUGAUGGCCGCAUUAAAGGCUGGGACUGGCAAGCCAAUAACGACAAUGGGUUUGCCGAGUUGAUGACUCGGAAUGGGUGGGUUGAUAUCGACGCCCAGGGCCAAGCCAAUGAUCAUGGUUCGAAGAUCAGAGUGAAGAUUGUGAUCGCAAGUGAGGAACAAAACGAGUUCUUCUUCCCCGGAUUUAUUGACACUCACAUCCAUGCGCCGCAAUACCCUAAUGUGGGCCUCUUCGGCUCAUCAACCCUUCUGGACUGGCUAGAGACAUACACAUUUCCAGUAGAGUCACGCUUCGGGUCACCACCAGACCCAAAAACAGGACACCAAACCAAAACCGGCCCCAAAGACGCACCCCUCCUAGCCCAGCAAAUCUACAACCAAGUAAUUUCCCGCACUUUAUCUCACGGCACAACGUGCGCCUCCUACUACGCAACAAAUCACGUCCCAGCCACAAACGCCCUAUCAUCCCUCUGUCACACCCGUGGCCAACGUGCCUUCAUCGGCCGCGCAUGCAUGGAUAACCCGAAAUUCUGCGUGGACUACUACCGCGACUUCAGCGCCGAAGACUCCAUUGUCGCAACCCGCCAAACAAUCGAGUACAUCCACACCCUUGACCCGGAAGGCAAGCUCGUGAAACCGAUCGUCACACCGCGCUUCGCGCCUUCCUGCACAAGGCCAGCACUACAGAGCCUCGGCGAACUGGCAGCAAGCUACUCACCCCCACUGCAUAUCCAGACGCACAUCUCGGAGAACGUUAAUGAGCUCGCGCUCGUUAAAGAGCUCUUCCCUGAAGCCGACAGCUAUGCCGCCGUCUAUGAUAAGUACAACCUCCUGACGCCGCGCACCAUCCUCGCGCAUGCCGUGCAUCUCUCUGCAGAUGAGCGGGUUCUAAUCCGGGAACGCGAAGCGAAGAUCUCGCACUGUCCGGCGUCGAACUCGGCGCUGGGGUCGGGGAUUUGUCCCGUUAGGACGCUGCUUGAUGAGGGAAUUACGGUUGGGCUGGGGACGGAUGUUAGUGGGGGAUAUAGUCCUAGUAUCCUUGAGGCGGCGCGACAAGCCUGUCUUGCUUCGCGCUUAUUGGGUCAAUCUGCUGCGUGGCAGAGGGAUCAUCCUCGGAGCGUGGAUGGGAAGGGAUCUGAUGGACGGGAGAAACUGUCUGUUCCCGAGAGUCUUUACCUCGCUACGCGCGGUGGCGCGGCGGUUGUUGAUAUGGCGAAUGACCUUGGUGGGUUUGAUAAGGAGAUGUUGUGGGAUGUGCAGUUGAUCCGGCUUGGUGGGGUCAAGCUGGGGAAGAAGAGUCCGCUGGAUUUUGUUCCUGGCGACGGUACUGCGGACCUAGUGAAAUCGGGUCCCGUGGGGAAUGUUGAUCUGUUCGGGACAGAGAGUUGGGAGGAGAAGAUUCAGAAGUGGGUUUGGAGUGGCGAUGAUCGGAAUGUGAAGGCUGUCUGGGUUGGGGGGAGGUUGGUCCAUUCAAGAGUUUGA